CAUACCACGACUGCUCUAGCCAAGCCAACCGCGUACACAAACUCUCCAAGUGUGUUUUAGAGUAAUUACCAAACUCAACAGAAACAUGUAACACGCGCUUUAGUUACUAUCUCCAUCACAGCUCCCAUCACAGCCUAGUGUCGCCAUCACGCAUUCACGCGUCUCUCCCAUUGAUGGCUUCGCGUAAGAGACCACCAGACUUCAUACCUAACCCGUUCAUCAAGAAGCGAAACCUCAAUUGGUCUCUUCAGGCACUCCCAGCGACGCCUGCAAGCACUAACGACGCGACUGGCAGCCCUCCGCAUGCACCUAUAAACCCCGACGGCAUCAAGCCCCAGGGCGGCCGCUCCGCCCCGGCAUCCGAGCCGAGGCCCACUGAAGCUUCAACGGCAGCGAUUGAGAGCGGCGCCAUAAUUGUUGAAGACCACGCCUUGCGGUUUAGCGAGCUGCUUCAAAAAGCUUCGAUACCGCAUUUAGAAACACCAGACAUUCCUCGACUAUCCAUACCAGACUAUAAACGGCUGUAUGAAUCGAAUGCUGGCUCCAAACAUGGCGCCCACUUUGUCAUUCACCAGCACGACCAUCCCGUCGCUGGCACACACUACGAUCUGCGGUUGCAGAUAAAUGAAACGAGUAGUGUAUCUUGGGCUAUCAUGUACGGUGUCCCUGGGAAUCCCAAUAGCACAAGACUGAAUAGAAACGCCACCGAGACGCGAAUUCAUUCAUUGUGGAAUCAUUUAAUUGAGACGGCUUCGAGAGAAACAGGGUCGCUUUUGAUAUGGGAUACCGGCACCUAUCAGAUCCUACCCCGUCGAAGUAAAUACGCUCCGGCUAUAGACCCAUCCUCGCAGCAGUCCUCUCAAUCGUCACACCACGAACCCGAAACCCAACAGCAAUUGCUCCAUGAUGCAUUUCAGAAUCGCAAGAUCCGGUUACAGUUGCAUGGGACAAGGCUUCCAGAACCAUAUGUAUUAUAUUUGCGGCUGACCAAAUCCGAGGAUGUAGAGGGCAGACAAAAGGCGAAUCGUCCACCAGGCAAACGACGCCGCCGCCGUAAGCCGUCUGAAACCCCCAUCGUAGAGACAGACUUGAGUUCAGAUGAUCAAGAAGACGGCACCGAUGAUGACGACGAUGAUGACGGUGACAUCGUCACAACCGAUCAGAACGAAGCUUCUGAAUCUAUGACUGAGGUAUCGGCUGAUGAUCGUGAGCUUCGUGAGCUUGAGGACCAGCAAGUUCGCCUGACAAACGCGUAUCCUGGUGCUAUAAACUCAAUUGGCAGCAUCCACCAAAGGCGAUGGUACCUCUCGAUGGAGCGUAUCGCUUGUGGCCUCAUCGAUAGAAGAGAUGGCCGCCGCGUGCCUUGGCAUUUACCGAAAACUUCGAAAGAAACCGGCGUGACAUCAAACCCACGUGCAUCCCUUCCAUUUUACGUCCAUGGCCGGGACAAGGAGUGCAGCAUCAUCACCGGCCGUCUUGGUGCGGAUAUCUUACGUGACGAAGGCGUCCAAGGAUUUGUUCCGCGUAUGGGCUGGUCUGCAGUGCUAGAGUGAGAGUUAUGCCGAAUCAUUAUACAUGUGAUGCGUGAUGUGCAUUUUAGAUAAAUCCUUCUUUCUGUUUUUCAAAUUGCUAGCUAAUUACCUAGCCCAAUGUAUAUAUACAAUGUUGAACGCCAGCCCUGUAUUCAUAAAGUUAUAAGUAAUAAAUCCCUUCCGUUACCAACGAACAAACCUAAUCGUCUGCCAAUCUUUUACAAAAAAACAUAUUGCUACAACCUUAAAUGGAAUUCGUAUUAACAACAGUUGGCGCAAUUCGUCUUUUCUUGGGCUUGCUUUCCUCCUUUUCACUCUCGCUAGCCUCUCGCUUUGAGCCAGAAGAGCUAGUGCGAGGCGUCUCAGGCGGCGUAGUAAUAGGCACACCACCCAUUUUAGCAGAGGCAGGAGAUGCCGUGACAGCUGGUAUUGUGCCGCUAAUCAGCGUGGGGUUGCUAACAACUCCAGCUAUGGUAGAUUGCGUCGCCACUGACGAGGUCGAGUUCGAUCGCGUGGGAGAGGCGGGUCGCUGCAUCGAUGCGGAUGCUGGCGGCGAGGGUGCUGUAAAUGAUGAGGCUGAAUUGCGAUGUUGGUGAUGCGGCCCACUGGGGAAAGGCGACGGCGGAGCAAAAGACGUCGUUGGCGUUGGCGUAGGUGUAGUUUGAACGGAAUUGCUAGUAGCUGACUGAGGUGGUUUUGCUAAAGAAGCUACUUCGCCUUUGAAAAUCUCACCAAGCUCGCCGGGUAGGAAUGACAAGGUGGAACAGAAGCCGUCUGAAGAGGAGAUGAAGAGGGUCAAGCCAUCGCUGGACCACGCAAGGUCUGUGAAUGUAGCGCAGUGAAGGUUGCUCACUACGCAAAUCGGUGUCUUCUGCUGCGUAUCAUAUAACAGGACUGAGUCUUGAGUGGCAACAGCAUACACCAUCCUGUACGGCAAGGAAAACGCUGGUUUGGGACCAGCAGUUGUCGCGCUCGUUUCCACUGUUAGCCGUUUGGCGGCUGCUACCUCGCUAGAUGGUGUAGGUAUAGGCGGCGGUUCCAUAACUGGAGCAGGAGAAGGUGGAUUCGAUAACGGCUCAGGAAGAGAUGGAAUUUCUUCUGUGGCAACCGACGUAUCGAUUGCGAUCGUCUUUGUUUCCGAGGGAGUGGCCCUAAGACUGUAGUAUAUCGGCGAGCAUUUGACGACAACUGAUGGCUUCUUGUGCCCCGGAAGAUGCGCGACUGGUGGCUUAUUGAUACCACCGCGGGUAUAAAUGUAAACUGUGUUGAUGACCUCGUAUGUAGGUUUCGCAUCUUUGUCUGCCUGAUGCUGGUUCUGGUAUUGGCCCGAAGGAGUGAGAAGCAAGCUUCCAUCAGGGGUGAAGGUGAGUCUGCGGAAGAACGACGUAAGGGUUUCGUUCGCGUAGAGGCUAGCAUUCUUCAUGCCUAAUCCAAGACCUAAUCCCGCCGAACCAGAGUGCGGUUUGGGCGAGGCCUCCAUCGGCAUUACCGCAGGAAGAGGAAGUGAAGGCGCAGGGGAAGCCGAUCGCCUAGAAGAAAACGACGAUCGCCGACUGUGACUAACAACACUUGGCGGAUUCAUUGGUAGUGGAAAUGAGGUUGGUGUACCAGGAGUGGAAGGUACAGGUGAGCCAACAGAGGUGCUAGAGUCAAUCAUAGCGAGCUGGGCUCGAUGGCCAAAGUCCGGAGGAGCGGGGCUGCUCGACGAUAUCCUUCGUGGAGGUAGAUCGGCUUUAUUAUGACUGGCCAAUUUGUUAGGCUUAUCGUCAUGACUUAAAGUGUAUUGACCAUCCUUGGUCUUGAGAGAAUAUAUAUGAACGGAUCGAUCGGAGGAUUGUGUCGCGAUAUACUCGUUGAGGGGAUCCCAGGUCACGCCUUGGACAUAAUGGCUAUGUUCGGCAAUUUGUCGGACGAGAAUACCUAAAGCGUUG